AUUUGCGGGAGUUUUUAAAGUGCGAUGGCGGAAACGGGCGGUGCAGCGGCGGACGAGGAUGAGAUGACGUACGAGACGUACGAAGAGGUUCGCCGCGAGCAAGCGCUCGUGGACGACGAGGUCAACUUGCUCUUCGGCAUGGCCGACGUCGACCACUGCUCGUAUGAGCACGGCUACAUGCGCCAAUUCCUGCACGCGUGCCUCACCUGCGCGCCUGCUGGCACGGCCGCUGGCAUUUGCCUUGCGUGCAGCUUGACGUGCCACGCCGACCACGAACUCGUCGAACUGUACACGAAGCGCCACUUUCGCUGCGACUGCGGCACGUCCAAGUUUCCAAACGUGCCGUGUACGCUGUACGAAGGCAAGGACAAAACCAACGGCGAGAACGCGUACGGCCAAAACUUUGGCGGUCUCUUCUGCUCGUGCCACCGCCCGCACCCGGAUCCGGAUUGGGAAGGCUCGGACGAGACCAUGAUGCAAUGCAUCGUUUGCGAAGACUGGUACCACGAAGUACACCUUUUUGAUGAGGACGGAGGGGCGACCCAGGAACCUCCUGCGUCGUUUGACGAGCUCAUUUGCCGCGACUGCAUGGCAAAGCACGGCUUUUUGUACAAGUACAUUGACGUGGCAGCGUCCGAGACCGCUAUGACGCCGUGCCGACUGCCGACGACGACGCCAACGACGACGUCGGGCCCGACGUUUUGGCAGGACGGGUGGCGCCAACGACUCUGUCGCUGCGAGGCUUGCGUGCGCCGCUACGAGGACGCCAAGGUUGCGUUUCUUCUCGACGAGAAUGACCCGCUGUCCACGUACGAAGCCAACGCCAAAGCGGCGGGCGAAGACUUGAUCACCGCGGGUAAAAAAGCCUUGGUGGCCAAGCUCAGCCACACGCAGCAGAUCGAGAUGGCGAUGGGCGUUGCCCACAUGACGUCGUCGCUCAAGGACUUCCUCAGCGACUUUGCACAGUCGGACCGGGCGGUCAAGGCCGAGGACAUCCACGCGUUCUUCGAGACGCUGCAGCAAAACAAGCGGCAGAAGCGAGAGUGAUGCUCUGUGAGGUACCACAACGACUCGGACAGGGUGCUUAUAAUUGGCUCUGAAAAGCGAACUGGAGUUAAGAGGCAACGAAAUGCAAUUUCAGAUGUUGUGCCAGACCGUACACGUCGCCUAGCAACAGUCGAGUUGCGCUCGACAUAGCUGCUCGCGUCUAGUUAGCCCUAACCAUAAAUGAGAUGGAUACUAAUAUUGCAG